GCGCGCUGCCCAACCGUGUGCCGACACCACUCCGUCUCCGAAUCCGCCUGUCUCUUUCCUCCUCGGCUCCGUCGACUUGCAAAGCAAAGCAAGGCGAUUGGGUCGUCGGUUGCAACUUGCAAGGAAAGAAUGGAGGAAGAGGAGCUGAAGAAUCUGAGCGCCGAGGAGGGACCGGACUACCUGCCGGCCGGCGACCUCGGCGGGUUCGACUUCGACCCGACGGAGGACGAGCUGGUGCUCCACUUCCUCCGCCCGCAGCUGCGCGGGCUCCCGCCGCGCGUGGCGGGCGCCGUGCUGGAGGCGGACCCCUGCGCCGCGGCGCCGUGGGAGCUGCUGGCGCGCUACGGCCUGCGGGAGCAGGGCCACUUCUUCGCGGCGCGCGCGCGAGGGCGAGGGCGCGGGUCCGUGCGGCGCGCCGUGGCGGGCGCCGGCGCCUGGAUGCACAGCUCCACCCGCGCCGGGCGGUCAGUGACGGACUUCGGCGUCGUGGUGCGCUGGAGCCGGGUCAGCUUCUGCUUCUACGCGCAGGGGCGGGGCGCCGGCCCCGGGCAGCGGAGCACCGGGUGGGUGAUGGAGGAGUACGAGAUCACGGACCCGCGGUGCUACCGCCGCUGCGACGAGGAAGGGGAGGAGGACGACUACUGGGUGCUCUGCCGCGUCAGGAAGAGCAGGAGGUCCUCCCCUCCUCCGGCCAAAAACAAAAGGCAGUGGCGCAGGGUCGACGACCUGCAACCGGAUUCGACCAAGAUCUCCUCACAGCCGCUGCGCGCGUGAGAGUGAGAGCAUGAGCCACGAGGUGAGGCGAUGAAAUGAAUAAAGAUGCCAUUUUACCUUGUUAUUAUUAUUAAUCAUAUCCUCAACCUCCCGCCUGCCUGCCACAUGACAUGAUACAUGUGGUCACUUGUGCUCUGUAAUAAAACUCUCAUUAUCUACUAGAUAGAGGUUGCAGUAACUAGCAGUGAGGGCAUUGCAAUGCAUCAGUGUAUUGCUGGUACCCAUGAUACAGACUUACAGACUGUUCCCA